AAGUCGUAGUGUCGUACCAAAUUUACGCGAAACAUGAUUGAAUUGGCGCCUAUGUUGUUUCUGUUGCAACUUUGUAACUUGCAUUGAAACCAUCACGAGAUUUUUUAGACGCUUUGCAAAUUGCAAUUCUAUACAAGCGUAUCGAACUCCUCCUCCUCCACCGUGUUUCCUGAAAUUCACAGAGACCAAAGAAGCAGCAUCGAUUCAGCACCGCCUUCUUUUACUUCAAUGGCGAUAAUGGUGUCAGAUUCCGACCCAGAAGAAGGAGGUCAGUGCAACCCAUCAAAGUUAUGGACUUUUGGGCUCUCAAUCCUCCCUUCAUAUGAAGAACCACUGAAAUUACCCCAAAAGAUCACAACUUUGAGUGCUCCAGCUGCUUGGAAAAUCUUCAGACUCUCAGAGUGUGCAAGAACACCUUAUCAUUCAUCUGGGUCCAACAAUUCUGGGGCUUUCAUCAUUGCUUACAAAUUUGAGAUGAGAGUAGAUAUUGCAAGAAUCUUCUUUAGUACUUGGGAUUGGUUCAAACCACCAUAAGUCGGUUUCCAAUGGUUGCCGAGAUGGAUACUGAUGUGACAAAUGCCACUGCGCUUGUUCAGCAGAACGCAUUUGUCAGGUAAAGUGCUUCAUGCGCCGGGUGUCCCGUGCUAGUCAUUAUUCGUUCAUAUCCAAUAAAAUCCACCUAGCUUACCUUAAAUGGGGGUGGUAUUUAUUGAGGCACUUUAUAAAAUGGCCUUCUUAGGGUUUGUUUGAGCAAUGAGGAUUGACGUUAUCGCGGCGCAGGUCUUGUAAAUUCUUUCUCUGGUCGGUUUCUUGAAGAAGAGCAAUUGGAUAUAAAGGGAUUGAAGGUUUACCAGUGGUGAAUUGUUUUGAGUAGAUCAGUUGCACGUAUAUCAGAUUUACAAUAAUCAAGGUAAUCUGCCGGUAGGAGCCUGGAAAAUAACAAAUAGCAAUGAUGUCGAAUGGGGAAAGAAGAAGAAGUGCGAGAUUGGUGGAGCUUGAAUCAAGGGCGGAAAGUAAGGGCACAGUAAUAUGUUAUGCAGAAGAGGAUGUGUCUUCUGAAGAAGAUGCUUCCUGCCAGAAACGGAGAAGAAAAAGGGUUAAGAGUAGACCUGUCCAAGAUCUGGCUGCAAGUAGAAAUGAGCAUCCAUUGAUAACAGAGGUUGGUAAUUCGAGCAACAACAAUAGUACAAAUGCCGGUGGUGCUGUGCCAUCGGAGACGCCUCUACCAGAAUCAGGGAAGCUUGAACUGCUUCUUAGUGUUCUGCAAAAGAAAGACUUGUACAAUAUGUUUGCAAAACCAGUAAACCCACAAGAGGUUAAGGGGUACAAUGAUAUCAUUAAAGAGCCAAUGGAUUUCGGCACGAUUUCAGAAAAACUCAGUGGAGGAACCUACAGAACACUGGAAGAAUUUCAGCAUGAUGUGUUUUUGGUAUUCAGUAAUGCAAUGUCAUACAACGCUCCAUCUUCCAUUUUUAAUCGAAAGGCUUGUGAUAUGAAAAAUCUAGCAGUGGAGUUGUUUGAAGCCCUAGAGAAAGAUUAUAAAAGUUUUGAAAGUGCAUGUUCCUCGAAAAUAUCUCGAGCUGGUAAGAGGAGCAAGAACAUCAUGAACAGUUCUGCUGAUAGGUCAACUAAUGGGAUGCCUUUAAGGGCGCAAGGGGUUGCUGAGCAGAAGUUACAAAAAGCCGGAGUUCUUAAUCCUUGUAAUUCAACUUCAAACUUUCAGUUUAGUGAUCUAGAUCUUAAUGUGGCAUUAUUUCAGAAUGGCAUCAUAAAUACUCAACCUUCAACUAUCCUUCGGAGGUCCACCCCAUCUCUAUACUCCGGUGCUCAAACAAACAUUGAGCACCAUAAUGGUCAGUUUAUUGGGACUGCACCCUCAAUCAAUGCCUUGUUUAACAACAGCAUUGGGAAUGAUGUUGGUAGGGGUAGGAAUCCUUUUAUAGCUGAUCUGCCUGCUUCAGAUCUAAAGGGGGACUGUGAAAAGGUUUAUGGCCAGUCACCGUCUUCUUCCAUAUGGUGGCGAUGCCCUCCAAUUAUUUCUAAUUCAAGUCGGAGCCCAGCCUUUGGCUCCACACAUGGGCUGAACUCAAAUUGUUUUGGAGGUAUACAGCAUCAAUUUCAACCUAUGGGUGGUAGUGGAAGCACACCGUAUGGAAGUAAUAGUUUCGAGCAGGCGAGCCAAGGUCUGAACGGGUUGAGGCAAGCGGGGCUAGGACCACAAAUACCUGACUUUAAACCAUUCCAGCAGCAAGGGCAAGGCUCGGGCACACCAGCCUCUGGAAUCAGCAUGAGGCCUAUAAAUUUGUCAGACAUAGAUCAAUGGUUUGGGCAUGGUCGGAGUGGAGGGGGAUCAAACACUGGAGCUCCUCCUGCAAGCUCACAAGGGCUAGGUGCCGCGGAAACAAACAUGUUUCCUUGUGACUUUCAGCACUCACGGGGAUCAAAUGCUGGAGCUCUUCGUGCAAGCUCUGAGGGAUGUGAUUGGAACCCGUGGAACUUUCGGCCAUGAAGGUUGGAUGAAUAUGUUGCGUGACUAAACAUGUCAGUGUGCCCUCAGUUCUAUUUUACUGUACCAUUUCCAUUUCGUGAGAACAUAAGAGUUUGAAGUUAUGCUUUGUUGUUUUUAUGAAAAUGCUGAGAUGAACUCAACUUUCGGUUUUGGUUUUUCCUAGACAAUUACAAUCCAUCUCCUGCUUGUUGCUUUCAA